AUGGCUUCAGCUGAUAAAUUUGCCGUAUUAUCAGAGAGACACGGCAAACGAAAGUCUGCUGAUACUGCCCUGGAUGAGAGUCGACAUGGAUCGUUUAGACGUAGUCCGGGCGCUGGACUUCCUGCUGAGAACCCGGACACCCUCAGCCCGAUAUUCCAGUGGCCUUACUUGGAUACCAACUUCGCAAGUCCCAAAGACAACACUUCUCCAGCGACAGUAUAUCACGAUAGCUGCGAUUCCGCUGCCGGCAACAACAUCUGGUCGACCCCCCUUAAUUAUGCCGAGACCAUUCCCGCUCUUAGGCAGAUGUCAUUUGACGGGGAUGGGAUCCAGCAGUAUCUGGAGGCAUGCUUUUGGAAGGACUUCGGUGAAUUCUUGGGCAACACAGGCAGUGAUGUGACACCCACAACGACUCCAACGAGCAGUCAAGACGAUACGUCACGAACGAGUACCUUGCAUGUUGCGGUAAAGAAAGGCAAUGGCAGAAUAGUGCGCCUGUUGUUGAAGCAUGGUGCAAAUAGCAACCUCAAAGACGCCACUGGGCUUACACCUCUGUUGCAAGCAACGAUAAGUGGGCACGAAGAGAUAGUCGAGAUCCUGCUAUCGCAUGGAGCUUUGGUCGAGCAAGCCGAUGACCAAAGUCGAUCGGUCUUGCAUUGGGCUAUCUUGUCCGGAAACCAGCGACUACUCAAAAGUUCCAGCGAAUCGAUCGCGAGGGACGAGAUGAAUGGCUUCUUCGGCGGCUUGGAAGCUAGCGAGUCUGCCAACACCGAAGGCACGCUAUUUGCGGCAGCAAGUCUCGAGGAAAACAAUGCGAAAGAGGCCGCCGUCAAAACGAUACUGAAGGAGAUAGACUGGACGUAG